CUCCGGCAGAAUGAUGACCGCACAGCAAAUGUGUCGCCCUUGGGCCCUCCUGAUGGUGGUGUUGGUGGCUGGUGCUACACAGGUGAGCUCCUCCUCCUCCUCCCCCCAGCAGGACGACCCAGCCUCCUCCCCCUCCCACAUCGAGGAGAAGCGUGUGGGCUGGUCCUCCAUGCACGGCACCUGGGGCAAGCGACCACACCUUGAAGACGCCCAACUCGACGCCGCCGAGGUGAAGCGGACGAACUGGAACAAGUUUCAAGGAUCUUGGGGCAAACGUGGUGAGGAGCUACAGGCCGCUGAGGACAAGAGGACAAACUGGAACAAGUUCCAGGGUUCCUGGGGCAAGCGAGGCGAUGACCUGGCUGAUGCCGAACUACAGGCCGCUGAGGACAAGAGGACAAACUGGAACAAGUUCCAGGGUUCCUGGGGCAAGCGAGGCGAUGACCUGGCUGAUGCCGAACUACAGGCCGCUGAGGACAAGAGGACAAACUGGAACAAGUUCCAGGGUUCCUGGGGCAAGCGAGGCGAUGACCUGGCUGAUGCCGAACUACAGGCCGCUGAGGACAAGAGGACAAACUGGAACAAGUUCCAGGGUUCCUGGGGCAAGCGAGGCGAUGACCUGGCUGAUGCCGAACUACAGGCCGCUGAGGACAAGAGGACAAACUGGAACAAGUUUCAGGGUUCCUGGGGCAAACGUAACAACUGGAGAAGUCUACAGGGGUCCUGGGGCAAGCGGGCGUGGAACAAACUGCAGGGAGCGUGGGGCAAGCGCUCUGAGGACGACAAUGGCGACGACCUGUACGACGAAACCAACCUGGAGGAAGACUUGGCCGGCAACGAGGAACAGGUGUCCCCACUGGCGCUGGCUCGCCUGAUGGCUGCUGCUCCCCAAAAGAGAGGCUGGACGCUCUGGGGCAAGAGACCCGACAACACCCGCGUAUCACCCCGCUCAACCAACUGGUCCAGUCUUAGAGGUACCUGGGGUAAGCGAAGCGCAGACUGGAACAAACUGAGGGGCGCCUGGGGCAAACGUGCCUCUGACUGGGGACAAUUCCGAGGAUCUUGGGGCAAGAGGGCUCCCGAUAUGAUGAGUGUGGCCGCACCCAACCAAGCCUAAAUGUAUCGUUUAUCACCACCAUACAAGUUCCCCCAGCUGAUGUGUUCCUUGGUUACCCCAGGACCCUACGUGACCCCACCUCCACCUGGCACCUCCACCUCUGACCCUCCCACCCACCCCUAUGACCAUACCCCCCCAAUCUGGUACCUUAUCCUGGCAUUAUUCCUCUAGUUUUGACCCUACACUUGGCACUAACUUCACUUGUUGACCCCCCACCUGCACCUGGCACCCUCACCUAUGACCCUAAUUACCUCUGGCACUCUACCUAUGUAUGAGAGCCUAUUCCCAGCUGACACUGUACCCAUACCUGGCACCCCUACCUGGCACCCUUACCUGGCACCCCUGGCUGGUACCCACCUGACACUUUCAGGCUUCGCUUUCCACACCUUACACAGUGCCACCUCGCCCCCCCCCACCCCCGGCUUCCUUCCCUGAUUUGUUAAUAUUACUCGACGAUUUCCUGGUACCUGUGAAUAUAUGUGUACACGUCUUCACUAUACGCUCAGUGUGUUACUACUCAACUGUCUGCCACUGCUGGUGUGUGUGAACCCCAAUAAGGUUUUAAGUGUGUUGGACAUUAGCUAGACAAGAUGAAAUACUCAGCCAACACGUGCAGUAUUACCGCCGGGAGCCGUAAUCUCUACAAUUUACAAACUAAUAACUUUAAUAUAAAAAAAAACUAUCCCCUUUUGAAAGAAAUAUAUUAAUAUGUAUUGGUCUGUGUUUCAUGGAUGACUUAAAAAAGAAAAAAAUGAUGGUAGUUGUUUGGAUAAUCCAGGAUUGUGGUUACCAGUGCUUGUGAAGGGAUCGGGUUGGAGGUGACUUUAUGUACAGUUGAGAUUUAUAUUCCCCUCGAGUUUACUAAAAUCAAUAUAAACUAUUUUUUCUUGUCUACAGUAUAUAUAUAUUACAUAAAGAAUCUACAUAUGAAAUGAUUCCUGUAAUAAUAGAAUAUAAAUGUUGAAUGACAUCAUAUUUGUAAAAUAGAAAAUACAAAGAGAAGUCUAAACUGAUAUUUUUAUGUCCGUAUUUUAGUUAUACUAGAUAAUGGAAUGAAGACUACUCUUUCUGCUGCUAACUUUCUAUAAGGUAUGUGUGGCAUCAUGUUUAGGGACUCACAUUAUAUACAAUAUACAGUAGAGUACAGCGUGCAUGGUAUCAGACGAGGUACUUUAAUAUAAGAGUACAGUAUGUGUGGUAUCAAAGUCUAGGGACAUUACUUUAUAUAGAAUACAAUAUGUGUGUGGUACAGGUACUCUGAGGACACUACCAGGUCUCAGGAGAGGUGAGUGUCCCCGACGGUACCGCAGAAACAGGAAAUAAAUGCAAAUAUGAUAAUACUUCUCUAGUUAACUUGUGUGUACAAUUUACCCGACAAUAAAAUGCGGCACGUAUCCA